AAAUACUUCAACCGGUUCUGAGGUCCCUCAGCGUCAGUUUACCUCAGCGUUGAUACCCAUUUGGGUGUCUUUCCCUUCUUAUCGUUUAUUCUUAUCAGUCGCGAAAAAUGUGCUCAACAACGACGAUCUUACAGCUCUUCAACACCUCGAGAUUACUUAUUUGUAAUAAAUCUCAACAUGCGAUAAGAAAGUUGAGUGUUUCGAGUCGAAACGAGAUGAGAUUUGUGCAAUACCGGCUCAAAACCGGCGGUUUGCCCCAUUUAGGGGGGCAGAUCACCCAAGAUGGGGACAUCUUCGACAUCAGCAACGUGGACCACUCCAUACCCAACACCCUGACUAAGUUCUUAGCCACCGGCGAUGACGUCUACGAGAGGGCCAAAAGGAUAAUCGCUUCUGGCAAGUCGGUCAUCCCCCUCAAAAACGUGGACCUCCUCCCCCCGAUCAUCAAACCGGACAAGGUGGCUUGCGUGGGCCUCAACUACUCCGGUCAUUGCGACGAACAAAACAUCCCCCAUCCCCGCGAACCCAUGUUUUUCAGUAAAUUCUCCUCAUGCAUCGUGGGGCCCUACGACACCAUCCAACUGCCCAAAAUAAGCAACAGCGUCGACUGGGAAGUGGAACUCGCGGUGGUGAUAGGCCGCAAGGCCAAAGCCAUCCGCAGCGACCAAGCCCACGACUACAUCUUCGGCUACACAGUGGCCCAAGAUAUAAGCGCCCGAGACUGGCAGAAGACGCGGAACAACGGCCAGUUCCUCCUCGGGAAGAGUAUGGACACUUUCUGCCCCCUGGGGCCAGCAGUCGUCACGAAAAAUAAACUCGACCCCAACAACUUAAACAUCAAAAGUUGGGUCAAUGGAAAAUUAAAACAGAGCGGAAAUACGAAAGAAAUGAUCUUCAAAGUCGAUUUUCUCGUCUCGUAUUUGUCACAGAUUGUCACCCUCUACCCCGGCGACGUGAUCCUAACGGGGACCCCAGCCGGGGUCGGCAUGCACCGCAACCCCCCUGAAUUCCUCCACAAGGACGACAUCCUCGAAAGCGAAAUUGAAGGAAUCGGCAGAAUGAGAAACACAAUUCAAUAAAUUUUUUAUUACAAA